AUCAGUUAUAUUUUUUGAUGAAAUAAACAAUCUUGUUGUCAUCCGUGGAAAGGAAAGUGAUGGUGUUUCAGUUGCAGAUAGGGUCAUGAGUCAACUUUUGGUUGAAUUGGAUGGUCUACAUGGAAGAGUUAAUGUUACUGUUAUUGCUGCUACAAAUCGUCCUGACAAGAUUGAUCCUGCCCUUCUUAGACCAGGGUGGUUUGAUCGACUCCUAUAUGUUGGACCCCCUAGUGAAACAGAUCGUGUUGACGUAUUUCAUGUUCAUUUGCGUAAAAUGCCUUGCGGUUUUGAUGUUGAUGUAAGCGAGCUGGCUCAUCUCACUGAAGGUUGUACUGGUGCUGACAUAUCUUCGAUCUGCAGGGAAGCAGCAAUUUCAGCAAUUGAAGAGAACCUAAAUUGUUCAGAAGUAAAGAUGGAGCACUAAAAGACUGCAAUUCUUCGUGUAUACCCAUCAGAGAUUCAACCUUAUCAAGAAUUGUCGGACAAGUUUCAGCGGCUUGUACAUUCCAAGUCUCCAUCAGAGGCAUGUGUACAUCAACUUAAUAGACCAAAGGAGUUAUCAUCCUGGUAACAGUCCUUUUCUACAUUGUCUAUUUGGUUUAAAUUGUCAGCCUACCAACCUGCUUAAAAUCCUUUUGAUUGCUUGUAGUGCUCCCUUGUACUGUUAUUAGCUUAUAAAAUGUAAAAUUUCUCUAAGAUAUCGUUUUUCCAUCUGACCAAACCUAUUUGGUUUUCUAGACUAUCUGCUGAAAUAUUCUGAGACUUGUGUUGCUGCCUAGAGAUUAAUAGCUGAACCACCAAAGCCACAUGCUACAAGCUUAGAACUAUUUGGGAAGGGGCGAUUAAUAGUUAGUAUUAUUUUGAGAAGUCCUCUAGUAGUUAGGAUCAAGCCUGGUUAGGAUUACUGUUAAUUUUCCCUUGAUUUUAAAAUAUGUUCAUCAUGCUUUGUAUAUAUAUUUGA